GAAUGUCAUUCUUUGCGCGCUUCAACCUUCUAAGCCGCGUGCACAACUUUUCCUGUGUGCCUGUGUGCUGCUCCACUAGAAUAAUGGCAUCCUCCACCUCCACAACACUAUUCUUCCUUCUGCUCGUUGCCACGUCAUCAAUGAUGAUGGGACACGUCUCCGCGGGCCGAAUUAUACCACAGUCCUACACCGGCGUCGACCCCGGAAUCCAAUUCGAGCUGCUCACCGCAAAACGUGGCGACGGAUACGGAUGGAACGACUGCGAGUUCUCACCACUCAGCUGCCUGCUCAAACGACGACGACGAUCAGCUUAAUCGACACAAGCACCACAUAUUGGAUCAGCCAGUUAACUUUUUUCGGAAAAAAUGAAAUUUAUUUUCUGAAAAUUAGAGUCCCCUUUAACAUCAAUUGUUUAUUUUUCCAUUCAAAAAGUUUUUUCCACCAACAAAAAUUUGGUUCGUCACCACUCAAGCAAGCAAUCACUAUUUUUUCUAUCCUUCCCAGUUUCCAGACACCACUCCCCUCCCCUUCUUUUCGUAAUUAUUAUCAUCAUCAUCGCCGGCGAGCGUUUACUUGUCAUUUUCUUCUACACAAGAUCUUUUUUUUUCUUUAUUACAUUAUCGAUAUCUAUGAACGGAACAAAAGAGAAAAAGUUGAUGAUUUUGAAAUAAAUCAUGU